AUGUCGGACGACCCGAAGGCAAGUGGAUUCACGCUCGAUGGGCGCCCAGUUGAAGACACGCUGCCGGAGAACUGGGGCCGGCCUGAGCGGCGCGAGGGUCGGAUCGGGGAGUGGAGCGACGCGCCGCGUCCCUCGCCCAAGAAGGACGCGGCCGAGUCGUAUAUCGGUGGUGAGAAGAGUGGCCUGGCGGUGCAGAAUCCGGAGCAGCGCGGAGGCGGAGGCGGAGGCGGCGAGGACGGGGAGCUCGUGAACGACAUCCUGCGCCAGGCUGCGAGUCAUGGACCAGCGGAGGAGCCCGAGAUCCCACAGUACCCCUGGGGCAAUGUGGGACACACGCUAGGAAGUGAUGAGGUCGAUUCUGUCCAGGUCGGUGAGGCGCAGGAAGAGGAGGGCGAGACCCAGACUCGUACCCUCACCUUUUGGGCGGACGGGUUUAGCAUCGAAGACGGGCCUCUGCAUGCGUACGACGCGCCGGGUAAUCGCGAGCUCCUCCGCGCUAUCCAGGCUGGCCGUGCGCCGAUGGGCCUGUUUGAUGUGCGCUUCGACCAGCCCCUCCAGAUUGUCGUCCAACAGCGCACGGACGAGAAGUACGUGUCGGCGCCCAAGGUGUUCCGCUCUUUUGGAGGAGAGGGGAACCGCCUCGGAUCGAUCACACCCGAGAUCUCGGGCGCCAACACCCCCGUCCACCGCGCUAGCCCCAUCCCCGGCGCGUUCCCUUCCACGCCAGCUGCUGCACCCAAGCAGGAUGAGGGCAAGAUCGAGGUCGACGCGUCCAAGCCCGCGACCAAUGUCCAGCUCCGCCUCUCUGACGGGUCCCGUCUCGUGGCCCGCGUCAAUCUCACGCACACCGUUGGCGAUCUCCGCAACUACAUCAACGCUGCACGCCCCACGAACCGCGAGUACAUCCUUCAGACGACGUUCCCUCCGCGCGAGCUACCGGACACUGAGACGGUCGAGCAGGCGAAGCUUCAGAAUGCGGUCGUGAUCCAGCGCCUGAAGUAG